CUGAUCUCUCCCAUAAUCUAUCUCCAAAACAUUUCACUUGGCCUGUGGUUCUCAGUUCGUUCCCCCCGCAAGUCCAUCGAUCUGAGAACCUGGCACGAUCGGGUAACCACUCUUUUACGGGGCCCCUUUUCACCUUUUUUCCACCUUCAUUCCCUCUUCCAUUUUGCUCCGCAUUUUCUGCCCCGCUGGUUGACGAAGCCCUUCAGUAGGUACGGGGUACCGUAUCUUUAAUCCUCAAGAGGAUGUCAGACAAUCUCUCUGAAGCGGAUAAGAUCCGCAACAAGCGCUUAGCAAAGCUUGGAAACCCGACUCCAUCGUCAAACCCCGAGGGUACAGAGUCAUCGAGUCGACCCCAAUCUCCUUUGUCUGCUCCGGCACUUUCCCGAUCGGAGUCCAACACCGGUAGUGCAGCAAGUUCCAGAGCAGCGUCGCCAAGACCAGGCCUACCACAGUCCGAAGGGAAGCGGAUCAAGAUCACUCCAGCCGUCUCUAGCAUCACAGGCCCCGAUCGUUCACAAUCAGUCACACCGGUUUCUGGCACCCCGCCGCCGCCAAGGGCAGAAGAGAGUAUUGAAGCGUUUGAGGAUCGUACACUGAGUGCUGUGUUCAAGCUAACGUUGAAGGAGGAUCGGCAACGGGAUAUCCACGGACAAAGGCUGACUUACCUCGCGGGCCUCAAGAGUGAACUUGAGGAUCAAGGUCGGGGUCUUCGUAUUGAGACCGCGAUUCUAGACCAGGCUCUUCUGGAAGCUGCCUCGAAUGCUCCCCAGCAGAAGCCCUUGGAUUAUCUAUUACCGUGUUGGCGGAGGAUAUCGAGGCUGCACAAGGGCUUCCGUCGUGCUCGCGAAGAUGAUCCGAAAUUCAAUGUUGUAUGCGAGGCUCGGCGCCUAUGCUUGAGUUAUUGCAUGUUCGCAAUCACAAUGCCGGAGAUGUUUGGGGUUGAGCCGUCCGGGCAGUCGCCUCUUAAGCCUUACCUUCUUUUGGACCCGGAGGACGAUAAAGGUGUGGACUUUGAGUUCUUAACCGAGGCUGUUAAAAGGUUCGAAGAGGAUGAGAACAUCAAGCCAGCAUUCAUAGCGGCUGUGGAAGAUAUGAGUAAGGAUCUGGCGGCUAUGACCAUCAAUGAUGAUUACAAGCCCUACGUAACAGCUCUGCGGAACCUUGUCCGCCAUGCGGUCGUGGGAGCUGCGAUCACAGAAUCAUCUCUCUUCAAUGCAUCUAAGGACCCUUCCAUGUUUGAGAAGGACACAUUACUCGGGCCAUGGUUCCGUCUAUCGCCUUUGCAAAGCGCAGUCACUAUGACCUACUUUUCAAGCCCCAAGACGAGGGAUCAAGGCUAUAUCCUGAACGCACAGCGAUCACAGCGGAUGAUGCAGCAGAUGCUUAGUACGGAUCUUUUUGAUAUAAUCAACCAUCUGAUUCGGGCAUCGAAAGAUGCGCGGGAGAGAGUGUUGGAUUGGUUUGCUGCCGCUCUGAACAUCAACCACAAGCGCCGCGCUAUGCAGGUUGAUCCGAAUACCGUAUCGUCUGAUGGCUUCAUGUUCAAUCUCACAACAUGUCUCGACCAACUCUGCGAGCCAUUUAUGGAUGCUAAUUUCACCAAGAUCGAUAGGAUCGACGCGGGAUAUCUGCAUCGGAACCCUCGGGUUGACAUGAAAGAUGAAACUAAAAUCAAUGCAGAUCAGCAUGCGUCCGAUGAAUUCUAUUCCAAGAAGGUCGACGGUACUUCGAACUUCAUAACGGAGAUCUUCUUCCUCACGGUUGCUGCUCAUCACUAUGGCAGCGAAUCGUUGACCUCAAAAUUAGAUCAACUGGAGAAGGACCUCCGACAUAUGGAGAACACGAUCAGUAAAUUCGAGCAAGAACGGCACAGAUGGAGCAACAACCCAAUGCAACUACGGGUCUUUGAGCAGGCCUUGAAGAAGUAUAAGGAUAAGUUGGACUUGGGUCUUGCCUUGAAGUAUAGUCUUCAAGGUGUGUUGUUCGAUGAUCAGUGGCAGGCCCGUUCCAUGUUGUUCAUGCGAUAUGUGAUCGUUUUCCUCUUAAGACUCGUGUCUGGCAAGGAUUUCCCCAAGGAGCAGAUCCAGUUGCCUCUGCCCGAGCAACAGCCAGAAGUAUGGAAGUGUCUCCCCGAGUACUUUGUGGAUGACAUUGUCAGCAAUUUCAAAUUCAUCAUGUGGUCUAUGCCUCAAAUCAUAACCGCAACUCAGGGUGACGAGCUGGUCAUGCUCUGUAUCGCCUUUCUGGAAAGCACUAGCUAUAUCAAAAACCCGUAUCUGAAGGCAGGCCUGGUCUCGAUCCUCUUCCGAGGGACAUGGUCUCGUCCUGGCGGCGCCCGAGGUGUACUGGUGGACCUUCUGAACUCUAUGCCCUUUGCCAACGAGUACCUGCUGCAUGCUCUCAUGAAGUUCUACAUUGAAGCUGAGCACACGGGCACCCAUACGCAAUUCUUCGACAAGUUCAACAUUCGUUUUGAGAUCUUCCAAAUCAUCAAGUGCAUUUGGCCCAAUACCCUGUACCGCGCCAAGCUCUACAACCAGUCCAAGCGAAACCUAGACUUCUUCGUACGUUUCGUGAAUCUCCUGCUCAAUGAUGUGACCUUCGUGCUUGAUGAGUCGUUCGGUGCCUUCAUCACCAUCCAUAAAACACAAACGGAGCUGCGCAAUGCGGCGGGCAUGGACCCCACCGUGCGGCAGGAGAAAGAGGAACAACUCGCCUCUGCUCAGCGCAAUGCAAAGUCCUACAUGCAAUUGACCAAUUUAACUGUCGCCAUGCUUAAGCUUUUCACCGAUGCUCUGGCAGACUCUUUUACCAUGCCAGAAAUCGUGCAAAGACUGGCAGACAUGCUUGAUUACAACCUGGAUGCCAUGGUGGGUCCAAAGAGCUCUAGUCUACGUGUCGACAACUUGCAAGAAUAUGGGUUCAAUCCCCGGGCUUUGUUGAGUGAGAUCGUUGAUGUGUAUCUGAACUUGAUGAGCAAAGAGAACUUUAUCGUGGCUGUUGCUCGGGAUGGACGGUCCUACAAGCCGGCCAACUUUGAAAAGGCCGCGGAUAUCUUGCGAAAGUGGUCACUCAAAUCUCCCGAGGAGCUCAAGCGGUGGGAGCAGCUACAGCGCAAGGUGAGGGAGGCCAAGGAGGCAGACGAGCAAGCAGAAGAAGAUCUCGGUGAAGUCCCAGACGAAUUUUUAGAUCCCCUCAUGUAUACUCUGAUGGAAGACCCUGUGAUCCUUCCCGGUUCGAGGGUGUCAAUCGAUCGCUCCACUAUCCGGUCUCAUCUCCUGAGUGAUCCUCAUGAUCCAUUUAACCGCGUUCCGCUCAAGAUGGAAGAUGUCACACCCGAUACGGAGCUCAAGGCCAAGAUCGAGGCAUUCAAGGCGGAAAAAAUGUCACAGCGCAGGAAAACAGCGACACAAAGCGCGUCGGAAACGAUGGAUACAUCUGCCGGCUGAUUGAUAUAUCCUUUUGUUCACGAGCUGGUGGUCAUUGGAACCGCUUCAAACCAUUUUGAGAUUGGAACGAUAUGAAACUGUUUUAUUUUUAAGGGAUUUGGAUCGGAGUGGGGUUUGUUUCCUUGCUCCUUCAUGAUUUGUAGCUUCGCUAGAUGUAGAGGCUUAGUGUAGAACGAUUAAAA